AUGCCUUCAGGUUGAAACUGUGCCUUCAUUCAGCCCAGCGUCUUUCAGCACCUGAAGCCGGACUUAUUUCCGAACGAUGGCAACAGAAAAGAAACCAGAGACCGAAGCCCCGCGAACACAACCUACACCUUCUUCAUCAACCAAUCAGAGCAAGCCUGCACCUUUAAAACCAAACUACACAUUAAAAUUUACUUUAAUAGGGCAUACUAAAGCUGUUUCUUCGGUAAAAUUUAGCCCUAAUGGAGAAUGGUUAGCAAGUUCCUCUGCUGAUAAGCUCAUUAAAAUUUGGGGAGCAUAUGAUGGAAAAUGUGAGAAAACAAUAUCUGGGCACAAACUGGAAAUCUCAGAUGUUGCCUGGUCUUCAGAUUCAGACCUUCUUGUGUCUGCCUCGGAUGAUAAAACUCUUAAAAUCUGGGAUGUGAGUUCGGGAAAAUGUCUAAGAACCCUGAAGGGCCACAGUAAUUACGUCUUUUGCUGUAGUUUCAAUCCCCUAUCCAACCUCGUGGUUUCCGGCUCUUUUGAUGAAAGCAUAAGGAUAUGGGAUGUGAAAACAGGGAAGUGUCUCAAGACUUUACCCGCUCACUCUGACCCAGUUACAGCUGUGCAUUUUAAUAGUGACGGAUCUCUGAUAGUAUCCAGUAGUUACGAUGGUCUCUGCCGCAUCUGGGAUACUGCGUCAGGUCAAUGUUUAAAAACUCUUAUUGGUGAUGAUAAUCCUCUUGUAUCUUUUGUGAAAUUCUCUCCGAAUGGUAAAUACAUUCUUACUGCAACUCUGGAUAACAUCCUUAAGCUAUGGGACUACAGCAAGGGAAAGUGCCUAAAGACAUACACUGGCCACAAGAAUGAGAAGUAUUGUAUUUUUGCUAACUUUUUAGUCACUGGUGGAAAGUGGAUUGUGUCUGGGUCAGAAGAUAACCUUGUUUACAUUUGGAACCUUCAGACAAAAGAGAUUGUGCAGAAAUUACAAGGUCAUACUGAUGUUGUGAUCUCCACUGCUUGUCACCCUACAGAAAACAUCAUUGCAUCAGCUGCACUAGAAAAUGAUAAAACAAUUAAACUCUGGAAGAGCGACUGUUAAACCUUUUCAAUGUUAUGUUAGAGACUGUAUCAGGAAGUAGAUCCUGUUGGGCAAAAAACUUACAUGUUUGAGAAUGUGAUUUCUUGGCCCAAAGGAAAAUCUCUUAUCCUUCUCAGGACUGCAUAGUCUGGUAAGAAAUGGCAGUAUCUGCUUCAUUUGACAAAUAGAUCUUUUUCUAACUUUUUUAAAGGAAGGAAACAAGCAUUUAUUAAGCACUUAUUUAUAAAUGUGUUGGGUGCUUUACAAAUAUCUUAUGUGAGCCUCACAACAACCUUGGGAGGUGCUGUUAUAGCCAUUCAACAUCUGAGGAAACUCAGGCAGACACGUGACUUGCUCAGGGUCACACAGCUAGUAAAUGUCUGACACAGGAUUUUGAGUUCAGGUCUUCCUGACUCCAGGCCCAGUGCUCUACCCACUGUGACACCUAGCUAGGGGAAAAAAUUCUUUAUAUUACUAGACUUCAAAAAGCUUUGGUGACAGUACUUGCCAACUGUCCUGAUGCCGUCAAAGGAAAAUUUCCAUCUAUUUUGUGUAUGAAUCAAGUCAAUAAAAACUUGAAUUUUUAAUUUUUAAUACAGAAAGAUUUCAUCUUGGACUUUAAAGAUUCUGUAUCUUUUUUAAAAGUACCAUUUACACAUUACACAUACAUUUCUAA